AUGCAAGUUGCUAGUCAUCUUCGGUCUAUUUGCACACUAUCGUUUACCAAGGUUGCAAACUCCCUGAUAUGCCCACUACAGAAUAUUCGUUUUUACGCUGUUCCUGGAGUCAAAACCGCUUAUAUUCGUGAUAAGCCUCAUAUGAACAUUGGCACAAUAGGACACGUUGAUCAUGGAAAGACUACCCUCACUGCAGCUAUCACAAAAAUACUUUCUGGAAAAAACAACUCUGUCUAUCGGAGCUAUGAAGAGAUUGAUGCUGCUCCAGAAGAACGAAAACGUGGCAUAACCAUUAAUGCAGCAGUGGUUGAUUACUCAACAUCUAACCGGCAUUACGCACACACAGAUUGUCCUGGUCAUGCCGACUAUAUAAAAAAUAUGAUAACUGGUGCUAAUCAGAUGGAAUGCGCUAUUCUCGUUGUAGCAGCAACUGAUGGCACUAUGCCACAGACUAGAGAGCAUUUAUUAUUGGCUAAGCAGAUAGGAAUAGAAAGAUUAGUCGUUUUUAUCAAUAAAGCUGAUGUGGCAGACCCCGAGAUGCUAGAACUGGUUGAACUUGAAGUCAGAGAUACAUUAAAACAUUAUGGAUUUGAUGGAGAUAAUACGCCAAUUGUCAGUGGUUCCGCCCUUUGUGCACUGGAAAAUCGCGACCCUAAAAUGGGUAUUGAAAAAAUUGAAGAAUUGCUUGAUGCGAUUGACUCAGUUCCUUUGCCGAAACGCGAAAAAGAUAAACCUUUCCUACUUCCUAUCGAACAUGUGUUUACCAUUACUGGUCGAGGUACUGUUGUUACAGGUCGGAUAGAACGUGGGAUUCUUAAGCUUCAGUCACCAAUUGAAAUAAUUGGAUAUAGUCAGACUCUAAAAUCCACUGUCACAGGAAUUGAAAUGUUUCACCAACUUUUAGAUCAAGCAGAACCAGGUGAUCAAGUUGGCAUCUUAAUGAGAGGAGUGAAACGAGAUGAAGUAAGACGUGGUCAGUUUGUUGUAGAACCAAAGUCUAUGUCAAUACAUGACUAUGUUCAGUGUCAGGUGUAUAUGCUUUCAAAGAAAGAAGGUGGUCGUGCUAAACCAUUUACGGGCAAUCACCAAUUCCAUGUUUUCAGUAAGUCAUGGGAUUGUCCUGCUGUUCUAGUACUCCCUGAAGGAAGGGAGAUGGUUAUGCCAGGGGAAGAUGCAGCUGUGAACUUACACUUUCAUAAGAAAAUGGCUCUUGAGGUCGGACAGCGUUUUACUAUUCGUGCUAGUUCCGCUACUAUUGGUUAUGGUGUUGUUGGUAAAAUCCUCCCUGGUCCAGGUCCAUUCGCCUGGUCUAAAUAA